AGAAACGAAAACGAAACGCUUGAGUUCCUCUCAUAUCAACCACAUUAUAUGCCAGACUUGUGCUAAAUUUCAUGAAUCUGUCACAUUUUAUGAUAUACAGCUUACGUCUGUAUCUGAAUUUUGUGCUUAAGUCCGAAGUUGAAGUCGAACCCAAAGCUGCAAUAAAAGCGUUACUGGCUCCAUCAGAAAAUUAAAAAUGGAGCAUGAAGCUGCGGGUUCGAGUCAACCGGCAGACCAGCAGAGUGGAGUUACUGGAAGAAGAACCCAGUCUGAAGGAGCUCAUAGAUCACAUCAGGGAGACGGUUUUGUCUUCUCACGGACUCAGCGCAGAAACAGAGUUCAGUUUGUCCCUGAACGGCUCGGAGAUCCUGUCAGACACCGGACAAACUCUGUCGUCCUGCGGCAUCGUCUCCGGAGAUUUGAUCUGCGUCAUCCUGCCUGAAUCUGCAGCCAGCACCUCCUCAAACCCCAGCACCUCCACCGGCAGGCCCACCGGCAGCACACAGAACCAGGCCACCGAGCUGAACCAGCAGACUGCAGCCAUGACAUCCAGCCAGCCCAACAGCAGCAGCAGCAGCAGCCCUGCAGCUCUGAGCGAGCCUGAGGGGACCACUGACAUCCUGGACUCAAAGCCUUCAGUCUCCAGCUGGGAGCCGAUGCUGUGCAGCGAGGCCGAGGAGGGUCAGGCUCCCCUGUCUCUGGAGCUCCUCUACCACUCGGCCCAGACCGCGAGUCCCAGCGAUGCCAUCAUGGUGGCCGGAAACCUGCUGAUGGUCGAAACUGGAUUUGUUCCUCAGGGCUGUGAGCUGAAGGCUGGUGAGAUGCCUGCAGGGUGGAGGUCAGCUGGAGUCUACAAGCUGCAGUACAGUCAUCCUCUGUGUGAAAACAGCCUGGCGAUGGUGCUGGCUGUGUGUAUGGGCCCCAUGGUCGUCAUUAACGCGAUUCUGAAGAUGACCGACACAGUCGACACGGUCCGUAAACUGUGCCUGAAUCCAUCCAGCUACGUGACCGACGAGUGGCCAGGGGAAAGUGCAGCUGCAGCUUUCAAAGAUCUGAAGAAACUGUCCCGAGUCUUUAAAGACCAGCUGGCCUACCCGCUGAUCGCCGCAGCCAGAGAAGCGAUGGCUCUGCCGGUGGCCUUCGGACUGGCUGCUCUUCCUCCAGAGCUCCUCCUCAGGGUCCUCAGACUGCUGGACGUUUGCUCUGUGGUGAGACUGUCCUCGGUCUGCAGACACUUUCACCACGCCACAGCCGACUCCACACUGUGGAGACACCUGUUCCGCCGGGACUUCGCAGAUCAGACCAGCAGAUCCAGAAACACAGACUGGAAAGAGCUUUACAAAUACUUUUAUAAGAUUCGCUGUGACCUCCGACGCGCUCGUCACCGCUCCCUCCCUUCAUACCACCGAAACCCCCGAGACCUCUUCCUGCCCGUCCCCCUCCACCCCCCUCUGCUGCCGGGUAUCAUCGGGGGCGAAUACGACCAGAGACCCAACCUCCCCCACGGCCUCCUCCCCCGGCCUCGCUACGACCCCAUCGGUCCACCUCGAGACCCCGACAGAAGACCUCUGGGCCACUUCCCCAGAGGACGACCUGCAGACAUCCGGCGAGGUUUCAUCUGACCGGCGUCUGUUCUUCUUCUGCAGAAAUAAAACACACAUCUGAACAACGUGUGUGUCUCUUGAUGGAAAGGAAAGCCGUUGUGUGAAAGCUGUUCAGUGCGAAGCUCGCUGCGUAUGAGUCCGUGGUGAGUUCCUUUAUGCGUCUGUGAUGAUGUGCCACUCAGGUGUGAGAUAAGCUGGAACAGAACGAACUGGGAGUUUCUCCUUUCCUGUCUGUGUCCUGUGGUGGACUCAGAAUUACUUCUGAGGUUCCAGCUUCAGCGUUUAUCCUGCUCACAUGCUCCUGGCUUCACAAAACAACCACGCACAGGGGCCCACCAGGGGCCACCAGGGGGCCACCAGGGGCCACCAAGGGCCCACAGGUCGCCCUGUAUAACAAGCGCUCCAUGUUGUGUUGUCACAGCAGCACGAGGACAGCAAUAAGGUGCAGAGGAGUCGAAUAAAAAAUAUUGAAAAACUAAGCUAAGCUGAAAAGUAGUGUCUUAAUAUUGAAAACUAAACCAAAGUAAAUUCCUUUCCAAGGAAGAAAAACUACGCACGUGAUACAAAUGUUUUGCUUUCUCCUUUAAGCACUGGAAUAACCUGCAAAAGACCAGACUGGUUUAGCGUCUGUGGUGAAUUACUUGUGUCUUAACUGUCUCGCUGUACUUGUUUGUACUGUUUUAUCUCUUUGCUUGAGUUUUUGGUCUGCAGCCAACGCUCAGAUACAAUAAAUCUACGAAAAC